AUGAACGCGCAGAGGAGGAGCCUCGAGGCCUCGCUGGUGGAGAGGGCUGCGUCAGAUGAGCGUGUGCGGCUGUUUGACUUGAAACUCGCUCACAUGGACGUGGCUUUGGCGGAAGCGCAGCACAAAGCCGACGCCUUGUACAUUGCAAGGAUCCAGGAAGAGUCAGAGUUUGCGCUGUCUUUAUGUCAGCGCCUGGAGGUUGGAGCGCAGACGCAGAUUUCCUGUAUGGUGCAGCUCCAGGAAACUUGGAGCAGGUUAUUGGAGGCUGAGGCUUCCGGCGGCAGCAAUCGACUCGCUGUUGUGCAGGAGCAGGCAGAGCUGCGCUACCAAGUUCAUUUUACACAGCAGCAGCGGGAAAAGGUCAUGACAGAGUUCGCGCUGCAGUUGCACAAUCUGCAGACGAUUUUGGAGAAGAAUUGGCACGAAGUUCAGUGCUUGUGCCAUGGCGGCUUCCAGCGCGAGUUAGACGUUCAACGCGUCAGGGGCUUGCCGAACUCUCAGGAAACUCUGCCGAUGGAGCCUGUCGCACUGGCUAGCGAUUUCCAGUCGGAGAGGGAUUGUUUGGAAGCGCAGGUGGCAGAGCUUCGCCAAGCCUUGUCCCUGAUGGAGUAUGAAGCAGCCGGGCAAGGGUCGACAUCCAGGACACUGGCGCUGGCUUCACGCACUGCUGCGAGUGAGCCAUUCAGGUUGGGCAACAGUCCUGAGCCUGGGCAUGGAACUCCCCAACUUCGGCGUGGAUGCUUGGCAGGAUCAGCCUUUGUCGCGUGGCGCGGUCUGGUCAUUGUUUCCCGAGAGCGGCGAGCCCAACUUGAACGCUUGCUGGCCUCGAUAUCUCGCGGCAAGUGGCGCAUCUUGCGAGCAAUGGCAUGGUUCGAGUGGCUUCGGAAGAGCUCUCUCCAUUCUCUGCGGAGGCGUCAUGCAGUGCACCGCCUUGCUACAGCACUGCUGUUGGCCAAGCGUCGACGCUGGCAGGAGGUUGUCAAGCUUUGCUGCAACGCACCUUCAAAGCGACUCGGACGACCACUUGGCGAUGAAACAGGGUUUGCUCCUGAUCAACCUUUGUCACUGCGACUGCUGGCGCAGCGCAACGAGAGCAUUGAACCGCGGGUGUCCAGCCAGAAGAGCAGACUCGUCGACUGCACGCAUCAGGAGAGCCAAGUCUCUUCCUCACACAGGCUCCUUCAACGAAGCCUGCGCGCCUGGCAUGCCCAACUCCGUUCUGUGCCCAGAGCCAAGGACAAGGAGACUCAUAGAAUGCUAUUGCGUGUGGUGACGUCCUGGCGAGGCGCGGCGGCAGGCUCACGAGCUCGAAGGGCAGCCCGGCGAUAA